UAAGCGGAAGCAGUGUGGGUUUGUUGUGGCCUAACUUGACGCUGGUGCCGGACUGGUGCCACACUGGACUCGGACUGAGCCGGACUCUAGUUCCUGUGAUGCCCCAGGGGGGGCUGAGCUGGUCGGGGUUGCGAUGCCUUACGUGGACCGACAGAAUCGCAUCUGCGGCUUCCUGGACAUCGAGGAGAAUGAGAACAGCGGCAGGUUCCUGCGACGUUACUUCAUCCUGGACACUGAGCAGGGCAGCCUGCUGUGGUAUAUGGAUAACCCACAGAAUCUGCCUAAAGGUGCAGGAAAUGUGGGAUCUCUCAAUCUUUCCUACAUCUCCAAGGUCAAUGAUGCCACCAAACAAAGACCAAAGGCAGAGUUCUGCUUUGUUAUAAAUGCAGGAAUGAGGAAGUUUUACCUGCAGGCCAACGACCAGCAGGAUUUGGUAGAAUGGAUCAGUGUCCUCAACAAUGCCAUCAAGAUUACUGUGCCAAAGCCCGGAGAGGGCCACAACACCCAUGCAGAGACUCCCCAGGAGCUGCUUGGAACCAUGAAGCAGAUCUCAUACAAGACUGAGAUCAUAGGAGGAGUCCCCAUCAUCACGGCCACACAGGAGCAGGGAGAGGGGCAUAAUGGAUCUGAUCGCGGAGGUGUGAAGCGGGCUCAGAAUCAAAUGCCCUACUACCUGUCCAGAGGAGCACAGGAUCAGGCUGUUAUCAAGGCGGGACACUGCGUCAAACAAGGCGCUUUGAUGAAGAACUGGAAGAGGCGGUACUUUGUACUGGAUGAAAAUUCCCUGAGCUACUACAAAACUGACAUGGAGAGGGAGCCACUGAGGGUCAUCCCACUGAAGGAGAUCCACAAAGUUCAGGAGUGCAAACAGAGCGAGCACAUGAUGAGGGACAACCUGUUCGAGAUGGUCACCAGCUCAAGAACCUUCUACAUACAGGCUGACAGUCCAGAGGACAUGCACAGCUGGAUUAAGGCCAUCUCAGGGGCUAUCGUGGCCCAGCGCGGCCCCGGACGCUCCGCUAACACUAUCCGUCAGGCCAGAAGGCUGUCCAGUCCUUGUAUACAGAGGUAUACGCCAUUCUGCAGCAGUGAAUGCAGCACGAGCACAGUGACCACUCCCCUUCCAUCUCCAUCUUCUACCUCCCAGUUGAUGAGGAACCCCAAGACUCGCAGUCCUCAGAGAGUGCUCAGCCUCGCGCUGGACACGCGCCAUCAGGACAACUUCCUGGGCCUCCUGCCCUGGAGGCUGAGCGGGGUCCAGUCCGUGAUGGUGUCCCUCCCUCCGGCGCGCUCCCGCCUGUCACUGCAGGAGACGCUGCAGCCUUCAAAGUGACAGAGGAGGAUAAGUUGAUGUGGAGAACUCCCAGUGAAGUCUCCAACCCAAAGCAUUGCCUAGCUAAGGAUCAGGAUGUGCAUAUGACCCUUUUCUGACAGCGUGGUGAUGAUUAACAAACUCUAAUAGACACACACACACAGACAUUCACACACACUUCUACACACUGUCAGACUCUCUGUGUCCUGCUAAACCUCCUGGGACCAGUUUUUGGGGAUGGGACCUUCUUCCUCUGCUGUUUUCCCCUUCUUUUUGUCUUCCUGUGUGUGUUACAGUCACUCCAGGCAAACAACAAACAUAUUCGGUUUCAUGUCUCAGCAGCACAUGAAGCGCGGCGCCCCCCAAGUCUCACUCCUUAAGAUCCACCACAGUUUGUCUGUUUGCUUCUAGCAGCAGGUCUCAGAAACUGAGACCGACUAAUCCGGCUUCUCAGUUUAUUUAUGAUAAACUCUUUAAACUCUCCUUUUUUCUGCCAUCUCGUAUAGAAAGCUCGUCACUGAGGUCCAGAUUCACUGAGGCUGCAGAAGUUGCUAAAGAGUGUGCUUUCACCAGCUGGUUUCCAGAGGUCACAUUAGCAGAAUAUUUCCCAUCAUCAAUGGAAUUUUUUAACAGUGAUGGAAAAAUGUGAAGGCUGUCUGUCAUUUUCAUAGAUUAGAAAGGAUGGUGGAUCUACAGUAACAGUAACGUGAAAUAACUUGAACAGUGCUGGCAGCAUCUGUGACGUCUCUGCCGUAACAGAGUACCGAACAAACACUGUCGAGUCCUCCAUCGCGGUCCUGCAGGCAUCUGUGUCCACCACAGGGUUUCACACUGCAGCCUUUCCUCUCAUCUAAGUGAGCGUUUGCAGGAAAGUUUUACAAUCCGAAACUUUGGGUGACCCCUGAUCACUGAUAAAAAAAUCCAUCCAUCCAUUCUCUUCCGCUUAUCCGGGGCCGGGUCGCGGGGCAGGAGCCUAAGCAGAGAAGCCCAGGCUUCUCUCUCCCCAGCCACCUCCUCCAGCUCAUCCGGAGGG